AACAUUUCACGUACCUUCGCACGUAUAUAAACACCUGGGCGUAGAGCGGCAAGCAACUGCGAUUUUUUUUUAAAGGUUCGGAAGAUCAUUUCGCCGUCUCGUGGAGUUUUUUCUAGGAGAAUUUAGUGGGUUCGAUUGUGGAUCUAGAACAAAAUUGAAAGAGAGGAUACAUUCCUGACAGAAUUUUUCAAGAUAUGGACCCGAUGAAUAGAGACUCUGGUUCAACUCCUGCAACAGAUCCUCCCGUGAAGCGGAAACGAGGUCGUCCCUCCAAAGAUGAAAGCCUACACCAACAAGAGAAACCUGACAAUAUGAGCACUGAUGAUGCUGUUGACAACAUGAUGGGCCAGGUCGUUUCUGGCGUAGUUGAAGGUUCUUUUGACGCAGGGUAUUUCAUCAGCGUCAAUGCCAAAGACACUGAUAAGGAAUUGAGGGGCAUCGUGUUUAUACCCGACAAAGUCACUCCGAUCACCGCAGAAAAUGACGUGGCUCCUCAUGCCAAGAUGUAUGGAAGAGAAGAGAUCGCUGUCCCUUCUACUCUGGACCACCAAACUCAGCCUCGGGAGCAAAGCGGUGGCUUGGACAACGUUAAGAACCAAUCAGAAUCUUGUAUGGCAUCUUGCCCUCAUGAUCAACCAAUGAAAGACACAGGCACAGCCACUGAUAUGCAGAUCAAAGACAUUGGAGAAAAAGUUGCUUCAGUGCAGGUUCCAGAAUAUGAGGCCGGAAACCGGGCUCUGUCUCUGAUGCCAGAGGCGGGCAAUGGUGACUUCUCUAAACAGGAUGAAGCUUCUGGGGGGAAUGACAAAUCAGAAACAGAUACGACUCGAUUUGUAGAUUUCUUCCCCUCCCAUGAAAAGACACAACAGCAAGCCAUGGGUUCUGGUUCCGACCCCAGUCUUGUGUUGUUCCAGAAUGAGACAAAGACAUCAAGAACCGAGCAACAGAAAUCUCCUGCAUGUACUGAACCUCAUGGAUUCAAUCUUUUGACAGAAAAGCCGGAUACUGCCAUGGAAAAUGUGCCUGAGGGGCUUCAGCUAGAGCUCGGGAACAAGACCAUGAGUGGAGCCAACAUGGGCGGUAACACCCCCGAGGCAAAUCCUCAACUGGCUGCAUCAAAGAGCGGCUUCCUAAUAAACCUGUUCGACGCAGCCAAACCAGAAGCUUCUGUUUCAGAGAGCGGUUUCAUGGCGGCUCUCCAAGCAGAUAUCUCCACCAACAAGAACGUAGAUUGCAACAUGGAAGAAGAAGCUAUUCCCAACGUGCCUGAGUGAUGCCAGAUCGGAGAGAUCUCUCAUUCUUUAUGGUGAAAUGUUAGAGAGAAGAUAGUUGUAGGAAUCUUGAAUGAAUUUUAUUUGUUUUGAAUUCAUAGUUAGUCGUUUAUGCAUUUUCAUUUGCUGAUAAUUGAUGUUUUGGGCUAAACUCUUUCUCUAGUGGUGCAGUGAUUAUUUCC